UCUCAUUGCUCAACAAAGCUAGAGUUAAUUUCCUCUUGAGAUAACGGCAGCUUGGGAGAUAAAGAGUUGCUAGUAUAGCUAGAGAGAUGGCCUUGCACUUGUCAUGGGAUUUCAUUUUCGGUGUUUUAGCUAACAUCAUCUCCGCCAUGGUUUGCGUUGCUCCUCUGCCAACUUUUUACCAAAUUUGCAAGAAGAAAACAAGUGAAGGUUUCCAGUCUAUUCCAUAUAUAAUUGCACUGUUUAGUGCUAUGCUCUGGUUGUUCUAUGCAAUUUUUGAUGACGAUUCCACCCUUCUCAUCACCAUUAACUCCUUUACAUUCUUCAUGGAGACUGGCUACCUUAGUGUGUACCUUAUCUAUGCCACAAAGAAGGACAGGAUGUUCACUGCAAAACUUAUCCUCUUCUUCAAUGUUUUUGGAUUCGGAAUGAUCUGUAUCUUAACUCUCUUCCUAACACAUGGCCGAAAACGUGUUGAUGUUCUUGGAUGGAUUUGUAUGAUAUUUGCUUUAUGCGUAUUUGUCGCACCUCUGGCUAUCAUGAGGAAAGUGAUAAAAACCAAGAGCGUAGAGUUCAUGCCCUUUUCUUUAUCAUUCUUCCUCACCUUAUCAGCAGUGAUGUGGUUCUUCUAUGGUUUUCUAAAGAAAGACCUUUAUGUUACAAUUCCAAAUACAUUGGGAUUUCUCUUUGGUAUUAUCCAGAUGGUGCUUUAUUUAAUCUACAGGGACACCAAGAAAGUAUCAGUAAAGGAGCCAAAAAUUUGCGAAUUUUAUGAGCACAUCGUAGACGUUGCAAAGCUGAGUGCAACCGAGAUAACAACAGUAGUGGUUCCGCAACCCAACAAUAAUGGAAAUCAUGUUGAAGAUCAAAAAGUUAAGAAAGAAAACAAGCAAAGCAUGGAUGUCCCUAACAAAGUUUAACAUUAAUGUGCUCUUUUCUUUUCUUUUCUUUUUUUUUUCUUUUUUUUUUUAAUAUUUGAAUGUAACCGUUCAAGUGGUCGUGCAAUGUCUACGUGUAAGGCUGCAAGCCAUGUUAAAAAUUUCCCCACAGUGUCUAGAGAGAUUAUUAGUUUAAUAUGGGAGUAUUCUAUAAUCUUUCCAGUGUCUAAUGUGGCAAAUCUAGUUUAAUAUGAUGUCAAAUAUCAAUCUUUAUGUAAUACGUUUCCUCAAGUUAAUAAAAUGUCCAGUGAAUUUUUCA